UCACUGCACAACAACCCAAGCUCUCCAACUCCUACCUACUCUACUCACCCUCCUGCAUAGAACAACACCACUCCCCCAAAUCCCACCCCCCCGUUCCUGCACUUACACAUAACUUAUCCUCUCCUUAACUCCUUCACGCUUUCUCUCUAUAUACAGUCAUGGGAGGCCCAGGCUCAAUGUCCUCCGACACCUCGGGUCGUCCCAUCCCACCGCGCUCCGCCUCACCCUCGCAACGGCAAGCAACGGCCCGCCUCGGAUCUCCCGUGCUCGGCUCCGCGUUUCCCUCGCAGCUCCAGGGCGGCUCCGGCACCGGCACGCCGAUCCAAGGAACCGGCCAGAGCUCCCGCGAUCUCCUCUCGCAGUUCAACAACUUCGGGACACCUCCCCGGUUCGGAACACCGCCACGGUUCGCGACUCCGUCGAUUUCAAUCGGGGGCGGCCACGGCGCGCCUGGGGAUAGCAGACCGACUAGUAUACACUACGGCUCGUUCGAUUCGCGACAGCCCAUCGAGGACCCCGAGAUCGUGCGCCGCCACUUGGUCACAGAUGAUGAUGCGGCGUCCGGACGUGGUGAUGGCGACGGCUCGGAUGAGGAGUUCUCGUCAUUGCAGCUCCUGGGCGGUGAUAUUACACGCCCAAUAUAUCGCUAUGUGGAUCAGACGGCCGAGGGCGCGCGUCGGGGGCGCUCCAUGAGCUUUCACUUGCCGCGGCCUGAGCCAGAGCACGAGACCGAGGAUAUCAAUCAUAUCAAAUCGAUUGGUGGGUUCCGGAGGGACUUUCUGAGGAGGACGCAGGGCCCUCCGACGAAUGAAGGGUUCAGACCGGAGGGAAGUGGGUUCUUUACCAGGAAUUUCAUCGAGUUUUUGACUCUGCAUGGACAUUUCGCCGGUGAGGAUCUAGAGGACGAUGAAGGGUGGGAGCCGGUGGACGAGGAGGACGCUACUCCCGAGGAGACCGAAUCUCAGCCGUUGAUGGGUAGUAGAAGGAUGAGUCUUGUGAGGAGGCCGAGCAAGAUUGCGACCGGAACGGCGGGGAGUGGGAAGGCGAUACUGUUGUUGCUCAAGAGUUUCGUCGGAACUGGUGUGUUGUUCUUGCCGAAGGCAUAUCUGAACGGUGGCAUGUUGUUCUCGAAUCUUGUGCUGCUGUUCGUCAGCGCGUUGAGCUAUUACUGCUUUGUGCUGCUGGUUAGGACCAGGUUGAGGGUUGUAGGAAGUUUUGGAGAUAUCGGCGGCCAACUAUAUGGGCCGAAGAUGCGGUCUUUGAUUCUCACUUCGAUCGUUGUCUCUCAGAUCGGUUUCGCGGCGGCAUACAUUGUCUUCACAUCUGAAAACUUGCAGGCGUUUAUCCUUGCGGUAACACAUGGCGAGAAGCUUAUCAGCGUCAAAUGGCUGAUUUUGAUGCAACUCAUCAUCUUCCUACCAUUCUCGAUGAUCCGUGACAUGGCCAAAUUGGGUGGUACAGCACUGAUCGCCGACUUGUUCAUCAUGCUCGGACUCGUUUACCUUUAUUACUUUGACAUCUUCACGCUAUCGACUAAGGGCGUCGCAGAUAUCGUCGCCUUCAAUCCCUCAAGCUGGACCCUCUUCAUCGGCACCGCAAUCUUCACCUUCGAGGGAAUUGGUCUCAUCAUCCCCAUCCAGGAAACCAUGAAGCACCCCGAGAAGUUCCCCAAGAUUCUUGGUGGAGUAAUGGUCAUCAUCACAGCCAUCUUCGUAUCAAUGGGCGCCAUGUGCUAUGCCGCCUACGGUUCCGACACCAAGACGGUUGUGAUCCUGAACCUCCCGCAAGACAGCAAAUUCGUCAACGCCGUCCAAUUCCUUUACUCGCUCGCCAUCCUCCUUUCCACGCCGCUGCAGCUCUUCCCUGCCAUCCGCAUCAUGGAAACCGGCAUCUUCCCCAAGAGUGGAAAAUACAACCUGAAGGUGAAAUGGACUAAGAACUUCUUCCGCUUCGGAGUAGUCAUGGCCACUGCGCUCAUCGCCUGGGGCGGCGCCGACGACCUCGACAAGUUCGUCGCCAUCAUCGGAUCCUUCGCGUGCAUCCCGCUCGUCUACAUCUACCCCCCGCUGCUGCACAUGCGCGCCUACCCCGGACGUGGCUGGUUGAGCAAGGUCAUCGAGGGUGGACUGUGUGUCUUCGGUGGUGCCGUCAUGAUCUACACUACCGCGCUCACGGCGUGGCAGUGGAGUGAUCCUAGCCAAUAGAGACACACCUCUCACCCACCCAACCCCGGUUACGAUCAAGAUACGAUGUAGAUACCUAUUUUUUCUAUUUGGCAGCGUUGUGUUUCUGUUUCUGUUAUGUUUUGCGUUUAGUGUUCUGUGCGUGCGUGUUUUACUUUUACUGUUUGUAUGUGUUUGUGAGAAUUCGCUGCGAGAGAUCAGACUGGACUGGACUGGACUGGAUUACUAUGGAGGGGGAUGCAUUGUGAAUGUUGGCUUUAUAGGGGUUUAGAAGUUUAGUUUUGGCUUGUUUUUUUCUCUUGUUUUAUUUGCUUGCUUGUGUUUGCUUGUGUCAUUUGCCUGCGGGGUUCGUCCUCUUGGUACCAAGUAUCGGUGUGAUGGAGUGGAAAUGGUGGAUGGACUAUACUAUAUAAAGAUUCAAGAUCGGAUUUAUCUUAACAGGCGUGCAGGUAGA